AUGUCAGCCGCUGGACGACCUCUCCCCAGCUCCCUCCGCCCACCGCAGCAGAAGGUUCCCAUCACCUUCACGGAAGACGACUACGACACGGACACCGGCGAGGAGGACGAUUUGAUUGUCGUGGAAGCCCUCAUCGCAAACGGUAAGGUACGACGGGUUCUCAUCGACACAGGUAGUUCCGCUGACAUUAUGUUUUAUGAUGCUUAUAAAACCCUAGGCUUAUCUGUGAAAGACCUGAUCCCCUACGACCACGACUUGAUCGGGUUCAUUGGGGACAGAGUUCUGCCCUUAGGAUAUUUUGAUACAUACCUCUCCCUAGGAGACCAUGAUGUUUGCAGGACUGUAAAGGCCCGGUUCUUGGUGGUGAAAUGCCCAACAGCGUACAACGCCAUCAUCGGUAGACCGAGCCUCAAUGUUUACCGGGCCAUUGUCUCCACCCACCACCUGAUGAUGAAGUACCCAUGGGCCGGAAGGGCAGUUUCCGUACGCGGAAACCUAACCAUGACCAGGGGGUGUUAUAACUCCAGCUGCAGGAUGGCACGAGAGGACCGCAAAAGGAAGGAGCCCGACCGCGGGAAAAGAGUCGAAAGCUUCCACCUCUGA